AUGAUGCACGACUUUUUGGAAGGAUGCUCAAAAUAUAUUAUUUCCUUCAUAGUUGUCAAGUAUGUGUCAGAAUUAAAACUUUUUACCUUAGAUGUGUUAAAUAAACGCAUAGCUGGGUUUGAUUUUGGUCCAGACCAGAGGUCAAAGCCUUGUUACUUAAGUUGGGAUCAUCUUGUUCAAGGAAAUGUACGUUUAUCUGCUUCUGAGAUGAUAAGCUUUAUUCGCUUUUUUGGUCUUCUAAUUGGAGAUUUUAUUCCUACUAAUGACCCGAUGUGGCGAUUGUAUAUCACGUUACGAACGCUUUUGGAUAUGUUAAUGUCGUCGUUCUUUGAUUUACCUACUUGUGAUGCACUUGAAACUGUGGUUGCUGAAUUAAACGAGCUUUACCUCUUUUUUUCUAAAGAUACCCUGAAACCGAAAUUUCACUUUUUACUUCACUAUGCUACUGUAAUUAAAAGAUUGGGUCCUCCUUCAAAAAUGUGGUCAAUGCGAUUUGAAGCUAAGCAUAGAAUAUCGAAGAUUGCGGCAAGGGCAUCUUUCAACAGGCGAAAUAUUUGCUUAUCGCUUGCUGUUAAACAUCAGCUACAAAUGAAUGAUCUAUUUUUAAAAGGUGCUCUACCUAAUACGUGGGAAUCAGGGCGCGAAAGAACAGUACAAAAUAAAGGAUUGAUUUUAAAACAAUUGGGUCUGAAAGACAAAGAAAUAUUGGUGCAAGUGCCUUGGGUAAAAGUAAACGGCCUGACUUAUCGUAAGGGAACAAUACUUGUGUAUGAUGUUAUGGAACCUAAUGAAAUUACAUUCUGUACAGUGGAUAUGAUUUACGUAUGUGGUGAUCAACGAAGGGUUGUAUACAAAUGCUUCAUAUUUUCUACUCUUGGGUUUGACGAACAUUUCUUUGCCUACGAAGUUGACCCUAAACCCUCAGCAGAAGGAACUUAUCUAUUCCACGACAGUUUAUCUUGUUUCACGCCCAAUCAUUUAAUUUUUGCACCAAAUGGCAAAAAUUAUAUUAUUAUGAGGGAAUAUCUUUAA